AUGAUAACAUAUACAAAAUCUUAUUUAUACAAUAAGCAAAAUGUAUCAUCAGCUAAUAAACUUCAAACAUUUUCUUUAAAAAAUUCCUUACAGUUGCAAAAUUGGCUUGCUGAUUAUUGCAAACUACAAGCACAUACUACAAUAAAUGAUAUCUAUGAGUAUGAAAUUUUAAAAUCUAGAUCGGAAUUGAUGAAUAAUGAUUCACUUGAUUUCAAGAUUAAAUUGCCAAAUAUUAAGAUUAGUAGGCAAUCAAAAGCUUUUGUUAUUACAUUGGAUGAUCAAAAAAAUAAAAAUGCUUUAACAAUUGAAAUGUAUGAAGGAUUAACAGAAGCUUUAAAUUAUUCAUUAGAAGAUAGAACUACAUCACUUACCGUUCUUACAGGUGAAGAUCAUGAUAAACCAUUAAUUGGAUUAAUAAAUGGACCAGCAAUUGGUAUUAUGGCUGAGGUAUUACCAUUAUUUGACUAUUUGUUAGCUUCAAGUAAUGCUAAUUUUAAAACAUUAUCUGUAGAAAAUAAAUGUUUUCCAGGAGGUUGUAGUACAUACACUUUUCCACAUCUUGUUGGUAAGAAGGUUUCAUGUGAUUUUUUGACAAGGGGAAAAACUAUUAAUGCAAUGGAAGCAAAAGAUUUAGGACUAAUUAAUUCUGUUGUUUUGAAUAAUCAUUUUCAUAAUGUUGCUAAAAACAAAAUAAAACAAUUUUCAAAAAUUGAUCCAGUGAAUUUCUUGGUAAUUAAAAAACUUCUAAGAGAUCAUAUUAGAGAAAAUCUUUAUGAUUGUCUUAAUGAAGAAAUGAUGAAUGAUAAUUUAACAGACAAAACAAUAACAAGUCAAUUAAUGAAUGUUAAUAGAAAGGUUUAA